CGAAAAAGAAAGGGAAAGAUGGAAAGUUAGAAGAAAAACAUAUAUUAUUUAAUCAAAAGAUGGGGUGGAAGGGAAGGUGAACAAAAAGAAAAAUAAGGCUCCCCCAUACCAUUGUAAGCCUUGUUGCAAACUAGUAGAAUCCAAGGGGGUUGACCUAGAAGUGAAGAAUUGAACCCUAAGGAGAGUCUUCUAGGUAUGAAUAGAGGAGGAGCUCAUCAUCACAGCCAUCAUCAACAUGAGAGUUCCUUGGUGCAGCAAAUGAUGAUAGAGAGAUCACCAAACCCUAGCUUGCAGUGGAGCAUCAAUGACCUGAUGAUGAUGCCACCUCAGGAGAUGCCUAAUCUAUUAUCCUCCACUGCUUCCUUGCCUUCCCCCAUGAAAUUUCCAAAGUUCUUGAAGACACUUAACCCCAUGAUCCCUUGCCAUGAUCUCAGAUCAAGAGAGCUACCAGCUGAGUACUCAUGGAGCCAACUCUUGCUGGGGAAUUUGGUAGAGGAAGGCUGCACAUAUGCUCCAAUAUAUGGAUCAUCUACUGAUGCUAAAGGUUUGAGUGAUCAUGAACUCAAGGAAGACGAAGAAGAACAUGGCUACAGUGUCAAUGAUUGUGUCCAUUUUAAAGAUCCUCGUCGAGAAGAUGAUCAGGGAGCAAGUAGAUCUCCAUGGAGUAGUACUACCCAAGUUGUGGCAGCCUCCUCUCCUAGGUCUUGCGUCACUACAAGCUUCAGCAGCAACAAUAUUUUGGACUUCUCAAAUGGCAGCAGACCAACACACAGAAAGCAAAAUCACCAAGUAGAUCACUCAUCGCCUGAUCAGUGGAAUGGCAACUAUAGUGGUGCAUCUUUCAAGAAGGCUAGGGUUCAAGCCUCCUCAGUAAUGUCACCUCUCAAGGUUAGAAAGGAGAAGCUGGGAGAUCGAAUAGCAGCUCUACAUCAGCUAGUUUCUCCAUUUGGGAAGACUGACACUGCGUCUGUAUUACUAGAAGCCAUUGGCUACAUCAGAUUCCUCCACGGUCAAAUUCAGGCUCUGAGCUCCCCGUACCUUGGCAGAGCAUCAAGGAACAAUACCAACAGCCACAGACACCUCCAACUGGAGGAAGAGGAAGAGGAGGAGGAAGAGAAGGACUUGAGGAGCAGAGGACUGUGCCUGGUGCCUGCUUCAUUCACGUUGCAAGUAGAGAAAGACAACGCAGCUGAUUUCUGGGCUGCAAAUUUAGGAACGGGAUUUAUGAUGGGAAACUAAUUGAUUAGAAUUACUCAUCACAUGGCUUUUGGUUAAUUAAUCACUUAAUAUAUUACCUUUAUAUUUUAUAAGGCAUGUACAUGGAUGCACUUACUUUAAUUCAGGGUGCAAGUGAUGAAGGUAGGGUUUAAUCUUA